UUUGUGGUGUGCACAUAAUUGCGUUAAGGUAACAGGUUUCCCCUUGCCUUAACUGCAGCAGAGGGAAGUGUAUACAUCGGCUUUGAGGUGGUUCUGAUGAGAACGCGGUGCUGUCAUUAAAUUAAAAGGUGCAUUUGUUUUAAGUGGGAAAAUGCACAUUUACCAUGCGGACUAUUUGUGCGGUACGCUUUUUACUCACUUACGUCGGUAUAUGUUAUAGAAAGAGCCAGUUGAAUCGACUUACUCAGGACACUGUAUUCUAACGGGAAAUGCGACACCAAUCCGAAGGCUAUAAUGUUACUUAUCGUAUCGAUAAAUAAAACAUAUCUCUAUUAUUUGUAAUACUUUUAAAUCUAUCCAUACUUGCCAGGUAGCCUUUUCUCUUGUGAUUUGGUCAAAUUAUUGGAAACGGCAGAGCAUCACUGAACAGGGUUUUGGGCCAUAGUUUGAUAUGGCUGCCACUCUCCAGAAACUUGCAGUAUUCGUGUCGGGCAUAUGGAUCUGCCUCCUGCUCCUCAACCCCUUUCCACAAACCGGGGCAGUGGUUGGGCACAGAGAGCCGAUGCCUGACGACAGUAGAGACAACAUCACUAUUUUCACCCGGAUCCUGGACAGACUGCUGGAUGGCUACGACAACCGGCUUCGCCCCGGACUAGGAGCAGAGAGUGUGACGGAGGUGAGGACUAAUAUCUACGUGACCAGCUUUGGACCGGUGUCAGACACAGACAUGGAGUACACCAUUGAUGUGUUCUUCCGUCAGAGCUGGAGGGAUGAGAGGCUGAAGUUCGACGGGCCCAUGCAGGUCCUGCCUCUUAACAACCUCCUGGCCAGUAAGAUCUGGACUCCAGACACCUUCUUCCACAACGGGAAGAAAUCUGUGGCCCACAACAUGACCACGCCCAACAAACUGCUACGACUGGUGGACAACGGUACCCUGCUUUACACUAUGAGGCUAACCAUCCACGCUGAGUGUCCCAUGCACUUGGAGGAUUUCCCCAUGGAUACACAUGCCUGCCCUUUGAAGUUUGGGAGCUAUGCGUAUACAAACAAUGAGGUUGUCUAUCUCUGGACCAAAGGAGAUGAGGACUCUGUAGUCGUAGCAGAUGAUGGGUCAAGGCUAAACCAGUAUGACCUACUGGGCCACGUUAUUGGGAAAGAAUCUAUGAUUUCCAGCACAGGAGAAUAUGUAGUGAUGACAACGUAUUUCCAUUUGAAAAGGAAAAUUGGCUAUUUUGUGAUUCAAACCUACCUUCCGUGCAUCAUGACUGUCAUCCUGUCUCAGGUCUCCUUCUGGCUAAACAGAGAGUCGGUUCCCGCCCGCACUGUGUUCGGUGUCACCACAGUUCUAACCAUGACAACCCUGAGUAUCAGUGCCAGGAACUCCCUGCCUAAGGUGGCCUAUGCCACAGCUAUGGACUGGUUCAUGGCGGUAUGCUAUGCCUUUGUCUUCUCUGCCCUGAUAGAGUUUGCCACAGUCAACUACUUUACCAAGCGCAGUUGGGCGUGGGAUGGCAAGAAAGAGGCCCAGGAGAUGAGGAGAAGAGAAUCGGCCUCUCUUUCCAAAAAGGCCAAUAACACAUUCAACAUUGUUGGAACUACAUACACCAUCAACGAGGCAAAGGACCCAGGUUUAAUCACCGUCUCCAGGAGUGCCACUACAGCUACACACCACCAACACCACCACCACCACCACCACAGCCACAAGGUUCCUAAAAUGGACGACUCAUACGUGGAAGCCAUAAAGUCCUACAACCGUGUCAGCAGAGUGGACAAGGUCUCACGCAUCAUCUUCCCUGUGCUGUUCUUCAUCUUCAACCUGGUCUAUUGGGCCACGUACAUCAACAGCAAGCCGCCUCCCAAGUCCACCACCCACAAUUAACUCACCACCACUGAAUAUUAGACUGAGAUUGCAAGAGGCCGAGAGAUCCACCACAUGUUAUUGUAUCCUUGUUUUGGACUUCAUUUUGAUAUUUGCAAGUCUCAAUAGGUCGCAGACAAACAUUCUCGUAGAUGUGUAUGUACAUAGUUGAACUAUAAAUGUAAAUUUGUUGUUACCUGAUUAUUAGUUUGUUUGAUAGAAUAGCCGGAUGGUGUUUUCUCUUCUCUUGACAUGAUAAAGGGGAGCAUGUGUUUGAAUCCUUCAUGGUAGCUCAUUACAGAGGAUCAGGUCCUGGUAAAUCACUGUGUGUAAACACACAAUCUCACACCCACACACACACACACUCACACCAUUCACUCUGAAUUGCGUCAGGAUGCAGCAAGGAAAGCCAUUGGCUGCUUGUCGCUAUAGCGAGCUCUUAUAGCCAGGGGCAGCAUGUAGAGUUCCAUAGGGACAUCAUUAAUAAUCCUCAGUGUCUGCCCUUCUGCUAGCGCUGAAUCUCAACAGACCCAACGCAAUAUCAUCUGGAAUUGCUUUUGUGUCCUAUGGGCCUGCCUGUGUAUUUUCCAGUCCAGAGACUCCUAUUGUUUUAACAGGCUGAGUAUGUUUAAAGAGAAAGAAGCAGUGUGCCUUUUUGAAUACCCACAUCAUCAAGAUAAAGCUUUUGUCACACACAAACACAUACAUACAGUACAUACACACACACACAAACACAUACAUACAGUACAUACACACACACAAACACAUACAUACAGUACAUACACACACACAAACACAUACAUACAGUACAUACACACACACAAACACAUACAUACAGUACAUACACACACACAAACACAUACAUACAGUACAUACACACACACAAACACAUACAUACAGUACAUACACACACACAAACACAUACAUAUAGUACAUACACACACACAAACACAUACAUAUAGUACACACACACACACAUAUACAUAUGGGGACUAUAUGGUUUAGAUCUGUGUGGCGGCUCCCCCUUCUCUCCCUCCACCUACAGCCCAUGGUCACUAGGGGACAUGGUCACUAGGGGACAUGAUCACUAAGGGACAUGGUCACUAUGGGGGCCAUGGUCAAAAGGGAACAUGGUCACUAGGGGACAUGGUCACAAGGGGACAUGGUCACUGGGGACAUGGUCACUAGGGGACAUGGUCACUAGGUGACAUGGUCACUAGUGGACAUGGUCACUGGAGACAUGGUCACUAGGGGACAUGGUCACUGGGGACAUGGUCACUAGGGGACAUGGUCACUAGGGGACAUGGUCACUAGGGGACAUGAUCACUAAGGGACAUGGUCACUAGGGGACAUGGUCAAAAGGGAACAUGGUCACUAGGGGACAUGGUCACAAGGGGACAUGGUCACUGGGGACAUGGUCACUAGGGGACAUGGUCACUGGGGACAUGGUCACUAGGGGACAUGGUUACUAGGGGCAUGGUUACUAGGGGACAUGGUCACUGGGGACAUGGUCACUGGGGACAUGGUCACUAGGGGACAUGGUCACUGGGGACAUGGUCACUAGGGGACAUGGUCACUGGGGACAUGGUCACUAGGGGACAUGGUCACUGGGGACAUGGUCACUAGGGGACAUGGUUACUAGGGGCAUGGUUACUAGGGGACAUGGUCACUGGGGACAUGGUCACUGGGGACAUGGUUACUAGGUGCAUGGUUACUAGGGGACAUGGUCACUGGAGACAUGGUCAAAAGGGAACAUGGUCACUAGGGGACAUGUUCACUAGGGGACAUGGUCACUAGGGGACAUGGUCACUAGGGGACAUGGUCACUGGGGACAUGGUCACUAGGGGACAUGGUCACUAGGGGACAUGGUCACUGGGGACAUGGUCACUAUGGGGACAUGGUCACUGGGGACAUGGUUACUAGGGGCAUGGUUACUAGGGGACAUGGUCACUAGGGGACAUGGUCACUAGGGGACAUGUUCACUAAAGGACAUGGUCACUAGGGGACAUGGUCACUAGGGGACAUGGUCACUAGGGGACAUGGUCACUGGGGACAUGGUCACUGGGGACAUGGUUACUAGGGACAUGGUUACUAGGGGACAUGGUCACUAGGGGACAUGGUCACUAGGGGACAUGGUCACUGGGGGACAUGGUCACUGGGGACAUGGUUACUAGGGACAUGGUUACUAGGGGACAUGAUCACUAGGGGACAUGUUCACUAAAGGACAUGGUCACUAGGGGACAUGGUCAGCGAGGUGAAAUCUCCAAACACAUAUCAUGCUAAAGGCCUAUGUAAGGUAGAGGGGAAGCUGCAGAGAAUAGUGAGUCACUACCACUGGAUGAAAUGUAAUCAUAAUGUGACUGAUGCAGCGUUAUAAAAUAUUCUCUCUGUAAAUGAUCAUGUAUGGCUUACAAGGGUCAGCCUCAGUGAGCCACAUACAUGAUAUAUAUAUAUUUUUUUUUUGCUGUUGAAGUGCUUUGAGAUUCUAUGAAAAGCACUAUAGAAGUUUAAUGAAUUAUUAUUUUGAUUUAUAGCUGUCAUAGUAUUCUGUCACAUCAUCAGCUCAGACUGACGUCUAAUAUAGAUAACAGUAAUAUAGACAACAUUUAUAUAGUAACACUUUCAUCUGUUAGUUUUGUCAACCAUGUUCUAUCUAUAGUAAAUAUUCUGGACUUUUCAGGCAGCCCUUUCCUGCAGUCAAAUGACCUAGUGGCCUCAUGGGAGUCAUUCAUAUUUGUCAUAAUAUCAUAAUUCAUUAACAUUAUUUCAAUAAACCUGAUCCAGUGUUUCUAAGUCAAACAGUUUUGUUAUAUUUCAGUCUUCUGUGAUGUAUAUAAAAAAUCAUAUUGGGAUGCAAACUUAAGAUGUAAUACAUUUCAACUAUAUAUCUGACAUGGUACAGGUGUCUUCUUUUUGUUAAGCUCAUCUCCAUGUGUGUGAGGUGAAUACUUUUGUUUCAAAGUAGAUUUGCUUAAGACUACCCAGAAACACUCUGUGUGACCCUGAUUUAGCCCACUGCAGUACAAUGGUUAAUGGAUGUUUUCUGAUGAAAGCUUUGACCCUUGUGUUCAUUUCUUCAUGAGAUUGUGAUACACGUUUGAGGUCCGAUUUAGAAAAGGCUACUUAUUUUUGAAUAUGAUCAUUUUCCGUGUUGUCUCAUUCCCAUUCUAUAGAUUUGGUUUAAUUUUGUGUAACUUCUGAUUUGCAUAACAAAGGCGACUGUGGAUAGGAAAACGCAUGUUUUGUCCAACAUACCACACUGCAGGCUACAAAUCAUCCGACACGUUGUUACACUGUUUUACACGUCCACAUACAUAAAGCAGGGGUGAAGGAGAGGCAGAUGUUAUGCUAAAAUAUGUUGUGCUCAAAUCAUCCAGCUUGUGGGUGAAAGUAAUGACGUUGCACAGGACUUUUCCCGUGUGUUUCCAGUGUGUUCUGUGAUUGUUAAACAGAUGACUUGCCCUGAACCCAACAUGCAGUAUGUUCUCAACCGUCUCUCAAAACAAGACUACGUUCAAAGGAGAAACGCCUUUCGAAUGGAUAGAAUGUGUUAAAAACAAAAACCAUGUACAAUGUAUCAAACAUAUGCAUGACAGUCUGUACUACAACCUUCAGUAAUGAUAUUUGUCAUAUUGAAAUCUAAGGCUUAGUCUUGUAUCAGUGUUUCAGUCGCUCACUAAGAUACUGUGUAGUAUAAAGCUCUGUUGAAGCUGAGGAUUUUCCUUCUAGCAGGUUGAUAACUACAGGAAGGACACCUAUCAUCAUAAGAUCAUAUAUAUAUAAGGAAUAUAUUUGUAUAUGAAGACAUACAUAGUAAAUAUAUUUAUGCUAAUUAACACAUACAAUAUAAGACAUAUACAUGUUAUAUAUGAUAUAGCCUAUACAGUGUCAUAACAAAUGUUGAUGGGUAGAAACCAAUAGACAAACAAAUAGACAAAUUAAUCAAACUAAGGGCAAAUACUGUAAUUAUUCCCAAAAAUAAUAGUAUUAAGUUGUGAAUUUCUGUAGUUAUUGUGAAUACAACUGAAAUAGAGAGUUUGUGGAAUAUAAUUAAGUCAAGUUAGUACUUUUUGGUAUUGAUCAGCUCUGAAACCCCUUCGAUGCUAUGAGACAUUGGUGAUGCGUGGCUUCGCAGCAAGAUCAGUACCUUGUAGUGUGUACUUUUCAUACCUAACUCUGAAUGACCGGAUGCCUUGUCUGCAAUUGAUGCUGCUGUACAUACUGUACCCUGUUCUCCUGUGAUUUAACUGCAUGUCCCAAAGCACUGAGGGAGUGGAGACUGCCUCCACAUAGAGAGCUCCCAGAUGACUAUGGACUCUGGCAGUAGCUCUCUGUAUUGGCCGUGCUAGUCGUUGCAAUCCCGUGUUGAAGCAUCUAUCCCGUUACUCUCAAUGACAGGACCCUGGAUGUUAGAGAGCCCUUUCUCCUUUGUCUGCUCACUGCUCAGAAAAUUGUAAAUGACAGUUGGGAUUUCAAGGACAUUGUAUGUGGACUUGUGUAUUAAAUAACCAUACAAAAGGGUGAGGGGAAAAAAACUUUAAACAGCAAAAAAUGAAAAAAAUCUGCCCAAGUCAUCUGGUGAGUUUUGACAUGUGUCUCAUUGAAACAUAAAUCUUGCGCCUCUUGGUGGUUACCUCUGUCAUGUGGGCUGUACUCUAGCGCAUGCUAUUCAUUUUGUUAGUGGUGUUCGCACUGUGAUUCAAUGCAAAAAGAAGGACGGAACAAGGAAAUCCUUUUUGGGACAAAACACCGACUGCACAAUCUGUGUUGGCAUUCUUGAUUGCACCAAGGAACAGUCACCUGACACUUGGAGUGUCAUUUCUGUGAUGUACUGCAUACAAAUACAAGGACAGCAGAUGGAGACUAUAGAUAUUAUACAGGAGUGUCCACACUUUUUUAUUUAGUGGAGAAUGGAGCGGGUGAUGUGAAUCACCCCACAGCUGAAAUACAGUCAUGAGUCAAUGAUGAUGAAAUGUCUGCCUCAAUAUGUACCGUUUAUGAUUUGUUGCCUCAACCAUUCAGUAUAUCUCCAUUAUUUCCAGAUUAUUUGCUGUGCCACAUGACCUUUUCGAAAAAGAGUAGAGAAAUUAUGUACACAAGGAUAUUUCAAAGUUUCAUGUUUUGCUCUCAGAGAAAUUGGGUUUGGCAUUAAAAAUAUCUGAAGGGCGUUAAUUAAGACACAAUUUGAUAAAGCAGGCGAGUUGUGUGGGAGAUUACAUUUGCAUAGCCAGACCCUGACCUGUUUAACAUGCAUCGAGGCGUUGAUGAUGGACAUUCUCCAUAUAAUGCGUCAACAGCUGACCCAUUCGCAUCAGUAAAUGAUUUAAUGGCAGGGGUAAAACACUACUCGAUAGUGCAUCAUUUCAGAUGCUCAGCCAAAUUAUUGCUUACGAUAGUCAAGUGACUCUACCAUGGAUCCUGCACAAGGAGAUGUCAACUACAGCUUGGAACUGUGCACAAACAGUAUGUUGUCAGACAAGACAAACAGAAGGUCAAAGUCAUUCUCUAGUGGUUCACUUCCUGUUCAGUAUUGAAUUGUAUAAGGAGGUGGACCAUGUAGUCCAUUAUAUUUAGAGCCAAAUAACCUCUCUUUUUUUCUCUGCACGCAUUAGAGAAAAGAAGGAUGUGUGGAAAAUGUGCCAUGAAUACUUGAGGUUCUACUCUAGAAUAGUUUUGACUAUAAAGUGGCCAGGUUGCUUUUCCUUGCUAUGAUAAAAGAUACAAUCAAUUAUACACUAAGUACAAGAGUUUUAUUCAUAACCACAGUUUUCUGACUGUACUAAGUUUGGAUUGGUGUACUGCACUGUGAAUGCUGCACUAUCCCUGUGACCCCAAAGUUAAUUAAGCCAAGCACAUUUUACAUCUUUCAUCACAGUGACCUAGUUUCAGGAAACAGUGAGCUUGCAUAUUUAACCUGUGUGGAAACCUGCGGCUUCUUCUGAAUCUUAUGUGGCUCUGUCCUGCUGUAUUAAAGGAUGCAAUGAUCAAAUACAGAAUUAUUCAACUGAUCAGUAGCCAGCAUAUCUGAUGUGAAUUGAUCUUAUUGUUGAUAUGAAGACAGAGUGACUGCGAGGGGGUUUAUUUGACGGCUCGCUGUGUUGCUGUUUUUUUUUGAAAGACUACGGUGUAAUGGUGACGUCAAUCUGUCAGAGGUGGAGUUGUUUUUUUGUAGAACCCUGACUGAAAAUUUAGAUUUUUCUCUGUUGUGAAGGUUUGUUUGUGGGGCUAAUGACAAUAAGGAAAUUAUGUUUUUAACCUAACUUUGUCCAGGUUUUGGUUGAAUAAAGACACAGUACUUUCA